CUAAGGUCCCAGGACAGAAUCAGAGCAUAACCCUAGCCUGGUGCUUUUGGGACGCUGCCCGAUGAAGCAACCUACACAACCAAUGCUACAGGCUCCCGACGUGCUGAACGGCACCCCCGUUUGUAACCAGUGAGAUAUAUGGCUUCUUUCUGAGAUAAGGAUCGAGCUGUGCAAAGACCAUUCGCCCAGAUGCAAAGGUCGAGCCACCUUCCCACGCGAGGAGGCUCGCAACGAUUUAAGCCCCAGCGUCAUCAGCAAGUUGAAACUCCAAGGCGACUCUCAUCUUAUUCAAUAUUCCAGCGGAUAACCCAAUCAAAUACACCAACAAAGAAAGAAAAGAAAGAACAUUUCCCAUGGCGGACGGCGAACGCGUCGCCUUUGAACACAAGAACCGUGGCCGAGGCCGCCAUCGCAGGCUUCAUUUCUACAGCACCCGCCGCAGACGCCAUUCGUCCUCUUCUGAUAGCGACUCCUCAUUCUCCUCCGGCUCCGACUCCGACUUCAGAUCCGACUCUGCGUCUUACGACAGCAACAGGACGCCCUACCCAUUGGCCCCGCGGUGGUGGCGCCAUCAUUAUCAUCAUUGUGGUCGACAUGGGGCCGUCAUCUUAGACAAUGAUCUCGACAUACCCGCCGUACGGCCCGGCGUUUAUUUUCAGCCUCUUAGUCACCGCUAGCUACCGUCGACUGCGUAUUUAAGACGGCGGAGAUGAGCAGGGCCGCUACAGGACGAGCAACUAGGGCUGCUGUCACCAGCAUUCACCACCACCAGCGCGAUAUUGUGUGCAGCAGCCGCAGCCAGGU